GGUGAAAAGGAGGAAGAUGGCUGACAAGGUCCUGCCGCAGAGGAUCCGGGAACUGGUCCCAGAAUCCCAGGCCUACAUGGACCUCCUCGCCUUUGAGCGCAAGCUGGACCAAACCAUCGCUCGGAAGAGGAUGGAGAUUCAGGAGGCCAUUAAGAAACCGCUGACGCAAAAGCGGAAGCUGAGGAUUUACAUCUCCAACACUUUCACCCCAGCCAAAGAAGAAGGGGAGGGUGGUGAGCGCGUGGCCUCCUGGGAGCUGCGUGUGGAGGGCAAACUGCUGGAGGACCCGAGCAAGCAGAAGAGGAAGUUCUCCUCUUUUUUCAAGAGCCUCGUCAUCGAGCUGGACAAAGAGCUGUACGGGCCAGACAACCAUCUGGUGGAGUGGCACCGGCUGCCCACAACCCAGGAGACUGACGGCUUCCAAGUGAAGCGUCCCGGCGACGUCAAUGUGAAAUGCACGCUGCUGCUCAUGCUGGAUCACCAGCCACCACAGUACAAACUGGACCCGCGCCUGGCUCGCCUGCUUGGGGUGCACACCCAGACCCGCGCCAGCAUCAUGCAGGCGCUCUGGCUCUACAUCAAGCACAACAAGCUGCAGGACAGUCACGAGAAGGAGUACAUCAACUGCAACCGCUACUUCCGCCAGAUCUUUAACUGUGUCCGCAUGCGCUUCUCCGAGAUCCCCAUGAAGCUGGCGGGGCUCCUGCAGCACCCAGAUCCCAUCAUCAUCAACCACACCAUCAGUGUGGACCCCAACGAUCAGAAGAAGACGGCCUGCUACGACAUCGAUGUGGAGGUGGACGAUCCCCUGAAAGCUCAGAUGAGCAACUUCCUGGCCUCCACCACCAACCAGCAGGAGAUCGCCUCCCUGGAUGCCAAGAUUCACGAGACCAUCGAAUCCAUCAACCAGCUGAAGACGCAGCGCGAUUUCAUGCUGAGCUUCAGCAACAACCCGCAGGAUUUCAUCCAGGAAUGGAUCAAAUCCCAGAGGAGGGACCUCAAGAUCAUAACGGACGUGAUCGGGAACCCCGAGGAGGAGCGGCGAGCGGAGUUCUACCAGCAGCCGUGGGUCCCCCAGGUCCAGCAGCGUCGGCAGGAACUGGAACAAGUGCUCGGGAUCCGCCUCACCUAA